AUGCCAGUGAUCCAUUCUCUACCUGAGUCUCUGGUACAAGCCUUGACUUUCCAAACUCCCUCUUUAGACCGUCCCUUUGGCUUUUACCUUUGGGAUGUUGUCUCAUUUGCUAUCCAUAGACUUUCAGGAGGUUAUGACCUUAAUAAAUUUGAAUUUGUUGCAGGUCAAGUCCCCUUUUCAACUCUUGCCCCCGUCGUCGCCAUCAUCACCUCUUAUUAUGUGAUUAUUUUUGGUGGACAGGCAAUCAUGACUGCCACUGGCAAAUCUCCAAUUAAACUUGCAAAAAUCUUUCAAAUUCAUAACCUUAACCUAACACUUUUAUCUUUGACUUUAUUACUAUUGCUGGUUGAACAACUCAUCCCCAUUUUGGCAAGAGAAGGUUUGUUUUAUGCUAUUUGCAACUCUGGUUCUUGGACACAACCUAUUGUUCUUGUCUAUUAUCUUAACUACCUUACAAAGUACUUGGAAUUUAUCGAUACCGUCUUUUUGUUUUUGCGCAGAAAACCUUUGACGUUGCUCCAUACAUAUCACCAUGGUGCAACUGCUCUUCUUUGCUACACCCAACUUCUUGGCCAUACCUCUGUUUCUUGGGUCCCUAUUUCUCUUAAUCUUUUUGUUCAUGUGGUUAUGUACUGGUACUAUUUCCAGUCAUCUCGUGGAAUUCGCAUUUGGUGGAAAGAAUGGGUCACUCGUCUUCAAAUUAUCCAAUUUGUGAUUGACUUGUUUUUCAUUUACUUUGCCACUUAUACUUACUACGCUACAAAGUACAAUAUCACUUUCCUUCCUACUUUUGGUACUUGUGCUGGUGAAGAGUUUGCUGCCAUGUCUGGUUGCUUCAUUUUGACUUCAUAUUUGUUUUUGUUUAUUGGCUUUUACAUUCGUGUUUACACCAAGGGCAAGAAGCGCAGUGCUGCAGAGAAAAAGAGAAAUGUUGUUGUUGACAAAGAGGCUACUGUUGGUGUUGCUUCUGGAUCAACUGUUUCUCCAGCUUCUACUGUUUCCAAGUCUCGCAAAGCGUGA